AUGUCAAUUAUUGCCAAGAUCCUUCUGGUUGGUCUUCUUGCUCGCCAGGGACUAUUUUAUACAAAACUCACCACCGAUUAUGAUCUAUAUGGAAUCAAAGUCGCUAUGAAUGAUCGCUUUAUUGCCACUGUUGAUAACUGGGGGAAAACGUUUUACUUUAUUUUUAGCGAUUCCAAUGAUACAAUUUCUUGUACAGUAGGCUUUGCAACAACAACGUGCGACUUUGUCUACAGUAUUAUUGUUCCAAUGUUCAAUAGCAGUACAUCGCUUAUCUAUAAUUGUAUCGAUCUUUAUGGAAAUAAUGUCGUUGGGGUCUUUACUAUAAAUAAUAUCUGCAAGGUUCAAUCGAACAACGAGAAAAUCAUCACGAAUUAUUCAACACAAGACAAUUUUAUCAUCGCUAUUGGUGCAGAUAAUGCGAGUGUCUAUGGAUUUGCUGAUGAUUUCAUGUUUUUCUAUGCGUUAAAAUUACCAUUUUCCAUAAGCGUGUGGCCCAACACAUUCAAUAUUUCACCUCGAGCCAUUGAUAUUGGUUAUAAUGUGGACUAUGGUGUACUAGUCGGCUACUGCCAAUUGACAUCAUCGAUUGCAAUCGAAUGUGGCUGCAUCAUUCAAUUGAACACAUCAUGGUCACAGCCAAAGGUCAUUACAAAUAUUUUAAUAAGGCAAGACAUAAGCUUUAGCUGGUCUGAUAUACGUUUCAUUGAUGUCAAUACUCAAAGUCGUAUUUAUUCUGCACAGUCAAUGAUGUCAGUGAGUAUUUCUUGGGGCUCCAGACGUAUUCUAAUUGGUGUUCCAUGGUUAAAUAUUGUUUUAUUGUAUGCAUUUGAUAAUGUUUCAAAUCCGAUCGGUACUUAUGACAAUGGCAUGGAUUCUACUGGGUUUGGUAAGAGCGUAGCAUGGCUGGAUGUGCAUGGUAACAAGGCACUGAUUCUCGCUAAUUGGUUAUCUCGUUCAACCAAUGAAUGGGUUUCAUCUUCCGUCCAAAUGUAUGAUAUUGAAUCAGACGGCUUUUCCAGCAACGUUCAACCAAUUUCUAUCUAUCCGAAUAGUCAACAGCAAAUAUUUUCAAAAUCGAAAGUGUUCUUUAUUCGUCUUAUGUGCUCCAUUUCAGGUGACUUCAUUACUCUGGACAGUUUGGGGAGUCCAAGUGCUGUAUUUUCGUCACCUGCCGGCAGUUUUCCAGAUACAAAUGUACGCCUUUUCAGGUCGGUUUCCGUUCCUUGCAUUCGAGGAACAAAUCGAGAUUAUGCCGGAAUUGAAUUGUGCAUUCCAUGUCCUCAUGGUACAUUUUCAAGUGGCUGUCAAACAUGUAAUUCAAAUGCUUCAUUCUGUCCAUUCGGUAGCGUUGAAGAGCUUCCUUAUUCAACAUUUCAAUCAAUCGAUCAAGUACAAGAGUAUCCUGAUUCACCGGAAAGUACUGUCUUCGAUGACAUACUUUUACUAAACAUGUUUAUGCUGAACUGGCAAUCGAGUCAUUGUGCGCUCGUAUCACCAAUGACAUGGGUGCUCGUAUUUAUUGUAUUUGGAAUAAUAGUAGCAUUAACACUUGUGAUCUCUGAAGUUCAUUGUUCAAAUCAACGAAAUAUCCAUAAUCGAAUCAAACGAAUAUUAAAGAAAAUGGAUCUUAUUGGUGAAGGAGAACUAUGGAUUGGUGGUCUUCUCUCGGUUGCGGUAAUUGUACUCGUGAUUUCAGCUUGUACUUUUUCAGGGGCAUUUUAUCGUCAAUAUCCGAUAGAGAAUAUGACCAGUGAAAGCUCAUUUGCCUGUGAUGUCACCCUGGGUAAUUCGAAAUUUAGUACCAACCUACAAGCAAUGGCUCAGCAUCGUAACCCAAACAAGCAAAUUCAACCCAUGCUUGAUUUAAUUAACGCACAACAAUUUUACCUUAAGGUUGAUCUUAUUCAAACAGCAUUCACCUGUCAAGACUCAUUGACCGUCUAUCAUGUCCUAGAUUAUACAUUACUUGUUUUACCAAUGACAAAAUGUGAAACAAGCUAUAAUUCAAGUAUCUUAUCCUUGACAGUUUCACUUCCAGCACAGGAGAUUAGUGUUCAACUCAUAUUAUCAGGGCUGAAAACAGUGGGAGCUAUUCGACUUGGAUUGAUUGGACCAUCAGCUUCCAGUGCAGAUGGAAGGUAUACUCUGCUUGAACUCAAUUUUGCGUCAACAUUUACUCCUUCAUUAGUGGAUCAAGUGCUCGCUCCUUCAUCUUUGUUUUCUCUUCAGUUGACUCCUAUUAUUAAUAAAACGGCACCAUUGUCUACUGAUGGAUUGACAGUAUUUAGUGCGAUCUGGUCAUCGUCGUACAAUGUCAAAACAGGUGAAAUAUUUAAUACUGAAAAUCGAUAUUCGUUUUUUCAACGAGUGCAAACUAGUAUCAAUGUGACUAUUGCAAAGACAGUCUUCUAUGUCAACAAUAUGCAAGAGCCAAUAGCUAGACAAGCGGAAAUUAUAUUUCGUAACUUUUUAUUUAUAUUUCUUGUCUUGGAAGCAUUCGGUCUGCUGUUUAUCGUCGUAAAACUACUGAUCGCUCCUCCCUUACGUACCUUUAUGGUUCGCUGUCGAAAAUCAACAGAACAAUCGCAAACAGCCCAUAAUACGGAGAUUGAAUAA